AGUUUGCGGCGAUCCGACGCAUAAACAACGAGGCUUGUACUCUAUUGGCUAGCAACUAUGAAGGCUACGCCUGGAUGUGUCAGGUAGCUGCUCGCGUCACGGAGCUGCUGCAGCUUCCGCACGAAGCAGAUUUAGAAACAGAUUUAGCAGAGGGGCCCCCUGGGGGCCCCCCGCUUGGGGGCCCCCCUGAGGGGCCCCCCGCUUGGGGGCCCCAUGGAGGGGCCUCAGGGGGGCCCCCAGGGGGGCCCCAGGGGAGGGCUUCAGGGGGGCCCCCAGGGGGGCCCCCAGGGAGGGCCUCAGGGGGGCCCCCUGGGGGGCCCCCCUCUGGGGACCCCCGUAAGGGGGCCCCUGGGGGCCCCCAGGGUUCGCAUGCAAGCGAGACUGCAGCGCAGCAAAGGCAGCAAGUGCUGCUGCAGGAGCAAGAACAACUGCUGCUGGGUCGUAGCAGCUCUAGCAGCAGCAAGAAGAAGAUAGAGUUGGCAUCUGCCGAUAGUGUUCUCAUCGCUGCAUUAUGCGAACUCCUUGCAACGAAGUACAACUCGCACGUCUCAAGGAAGCUGCUGCAGGACAAAUCUCAGCACGGCAGUUGGCAGCCUCCGCCUUUUUACUGGCAUUUGUUUGACCACCCGUGCCUGGUGCGGCAAAUGCUUCAGCUGUACAGACAGCGUCCGCAAGACGAAUUUCUCGCCUGUUGGUUUGAAGACUUCGCGCUGCAUCGAAGACAGUCUGCUCCUUCUCCUGUCUUACCUCUGGAGUCAGAUGCGGUUCUCACUGCCACUGCUUCAGGGAAGCGGGGAGGGUGGGCAGCUGUGGUGGAGUCGGGGGCUCUACGUGAGGAGCUAAGGAGCUUUCUUCUGCGGGAUGAGCGGGAAGAGUUAUAUUCGAUGAACCUUUCAAACAUUUCGGCUCUCUUUCUUCAUGCGGAAAACGCAUACUUCUACGCCUUAGCUCUCUUUAUUUUCGUUGCGGGGUGGAGGCCAGACCUCUGUGGGGCCCGACGCUUAGCUCAGCUGCUGACGCGGUUGGUGGUGCAGCCGGGGGGUGCUGCUGCUGCUGCUGCUGCUGCUGCUGCUCCGCAGCAGCAGCAGCAGCAACAGCUGCAGCAGGCUGCUGCAGCAGCAGAGGGGGCACACGCCUCCUCUGCUGCAGCAGCAGCAGCACAUAUGCCUUCGCACGUUGAAAGGCAGCGCGAAGUUUCUGCUGCUCAGCUUUAUCUGCUGCUGUCAAAUCUAGAUGAGUUUCCACGCUUGGCUUCUUUAUUUCGUAGCAUUACGCGUUCUCUCUUUAUUGGGGUGGAUAUACACCUCGCGCCUGCUGAUGCAUGCGACUUGGCGGAUACAGUUGAGUUGCUGCUGCAGCAGUUUGAAGCGCAGCAGCAGCUGCUCUACGAACGCCCAGCCCCACCAAAGAAAGCAGCAACUGCAACAGCAGCAGCAGAAACAGCAGCACCAGCAGCAGCACCAGCAGCAGCACCAGGUGACGCCGUGGAGCCGGGCGGAAGCCGCACCAACACGGAACACUUGGGGCACAAUGCUGCUGCUGCUGCUGCUGCUGCUCAGCAGCCACAGCAGCAGCAACUGCAGCAGCACCACCACCAACACCAGGUGCAGCUGGAUCAGUUUCACCUACAAGGCCUUGCUGCUUCCCCCCUACAGCUGCAGCAGCAGCAGCAGCCGCAGCAGUAUGUGCAAGGGCUGCAACACCUGCCGCCACCCAUGCAACUGGAGCAACAACUGCAGCAGCAGCAGCAGCAACAGCAGCAGCAGCAGCGCACCAAAAGGCGCCGCAGCAUCGAUGAGAGUGUUCUAACGCUCGACAGCAGCAGCAGCAGCGACAGCAGUAGCCUCAGCAGCAGCAGCCUCAGCAGCAGCAGCCUCAGUAGCAGCACAACUGGAUUCAGCAGCAUGCGUUUGCAGCAGCAGCAAGAAGAGCAGCAGCAACUGCAGCAGCAGCAACAGCUGCUACAGCACACCCUCGCCCAUCAGCAGCAGCACCCCUACUACCUGCACCCGCACCAGCAGCACCCACAGCAGCAGCAGCAACAGCAGCAGCAGCAACUGCAGCAGCAGCAAGUUGAUUCAGGCAGCGCACAGUCUGUAGAAGACGAGGUCUUAGAGCUGCCCUCUGCAAGCCAAUAUGGGGUUUCAAGACCGUGGCAUUUGGAGUACCGCAGGACCCGGGGUGCCCCUGUGGAGCCUCCGCUUGCUGCGUUGAGGGAGACGGCUCUGUUGGAUUCGCUGUUAGAAGACUUCGUAAACCCUCGUUUGCUGCUGCAGCAGAAGCACCAGACAUCGCACAGGCUGAACAGCAGCAGCAGCAGCAGCAGCAGCAGCAGCAGCAGCAGCAGCAGCAGCAGGGGAGGUGGAGAGCCACAGUUUCUUAAGUAUGCAAAUCUACUCGUAGCUCUCUGCGUACGAAGCGCGUACGAAUUAACUCGCCGCUGGUGGGAAGGAAGGAAGCAGCAGCGGCAGCAGCAGCAGCAGCAGCAGAUGCUGCUGCUGCAGCACGAACACGAGCAGCAAGCGGAACAUGAGCCCUGGCAAUUCGAUGGAGACCCUGAAGAAAUGCAAAGAAGCUCCGAUGAGUGGUCUAGCAACCAUUCUUCUCUCUCCGAUAUCUCCGACUCCGAGCAGCAGCGGCUGCAGAUGGAGGAUUUGUUUGAAGAGCCAGAGCAUCAUUUACCAGGCAAAUCCCGCUGCAAGAGCUGUGCUGCUGCUAUCGGAGCACUUACUGCUGCUGCUGCUGAUGCUGAUGCUGCUGCUGAUGCUGAUGCUGCUGCUGCUGCUGCUGAGCGGUGUGCCUCAUUCCGAACGCAGCAGCAAUUCUUUAAGCAGCAGCAGGUGGAGGACAAGGCCCCGCUGCUCUUGCAGCAGCAGCAGCAGCAGCAACAACAACAACAGCCACUCUUCAUCCCGCAGCAGCAACAACUGCACCAGCUGCAGCAGCAGCAACACCAUCCUCCGCAGCAGCUCUACACACCGGACCAACUGAUGUAUAUGCAGCAGCAGCAGCAACAGCAGCAGCAGCAGCAGCAGCAGCUGAUGAUGCAGGGAUUUCACCCAAUGCAGCAACUGCAGCAGCAGCAACAGCAGGGACCCAGCUUUGGCCAUUCCUAUGAUAUGCUGCAGCAGCAGCUGCAGCAGCAGCGUCUGCAGCAGCACCAACAGCAGAUGCAACAGCCACAGCAAAUGCAGCCACUGCAGCAACAGCAACUGCAGCAGCAACAACAGGAACAGCUGCAGCAGCAACAGAUGCAACAGCACCAGCAGCAACAGAUGCAGCACGAGCAGCAGCAGAUGCAGCACCAGCAGCAAUUUGGACAGCAACUGCUGCACCAGCAGCUGCAGCAGCAACAGCUGCAGCAGCAGCAACUGCAGCACGAGCAACUGCAGCAGCAGCAGCUGCAGCAGCAACAGCUGCAGCAGCAGCAGCUGCAUCAGCAACAGUUGCAGCAGCAGCAACUGCAGCAGCAACAGUUGCAGCAGCAGCAACUGCAGCAGCAACAGCUGCAUCAACACCAACUGCAGCAGCCGCUGCAGCAGCAGUUACAGCAGCCGAUGCUGCAGCCCUAUUUCUCGCCAAUGCAGCACGAGCAGCAACCGGCUCCGCUUCCGCCGGAGCAGCAGCAACAGCAGCAGCACUUGUUCAUGCAGCAGCAGCAGCAGCAGCAGCAGCAGCAAUUGCACCAGGAGCCGCAGCUGCUGUUUGCUGAAGCCCUCAACACAGAAGACGCCUGGGAGAAGAGGAGUGACUAUGAUACCUCUUCUGUAACGCAGAGCAGCAGCAGCAGCAGCAGCAGCAGCAGUAGCAGCAGCAGCAGUAGCAGCCUGGCCUCCAGCAGCAUCGUAACUUCUGUGACUCCAUCCCCUGCGGGCAACCGCGAAUGGCAGCAGGAGGAGGAGGAGGAGCAGCAGCAGCAGCAGCAGCCGUGGCAGCAGGAGCAGCAACUGCAGCAGCAGCAGCAGCAGCAGCUAUACUUUGGAGGCGGAAAGGCUUUCAACGCGUACACAUCCCCUGGCGGUCUCCCUAUGACUUCUGCCUCCUCCUCCUCAGCAGGAGGUGCAGCAGGAGCAGCAGCAGGAGCAGCAGACACGAGCAGCCUGCUAGGCAGCGAGGUGUAUGUCAGUGCAAGCGGCAGCAACAGACUGGGCAGAGGCAGCCAUCUCCCGCAGCGACAGCAGCAAAGAAUAAGUCGUAGAUUUCAUCUUUACUCAAAAUCUGUAGAAAGCUACAAAGCAAUUGCAAGAAAAGAGCUGCUCGAGAUCUAUCGAAUUUGUCGGAGGGAAGACUGGACUUUAGUAGACAAGUGGCAGGCCCUGUUGGGGUGUAUGGGCACUAACGUUGCUGCUUCAGCAGUGUUGUCUUUUGUGCGGCAGCAGCUGCUAGGCAGCAGCAGCAGCAGCAGCAGCAGCAGCGCAGCAGCAGCAGCAGGAGACGCAGCAGCAGAUCCCCUUCUCCUCGUCACUGACGGCCUCCUCGUGCUGCUCAAGUUUAUGGUGGAUGUACACCGCAACAAACGGCCUCCCGUUGUAGAUCUCUUAGGGCGAUUAUUUGUAUCUGGCGGCAACCGCGGAGAAGCCCCUGCCUUUGCGGAGAAGCGCAUGGAGCGGCGGGUGUCUAUCGCUCGCUUUUGGCUGUACGUCUGCAAGUAUGAAGGAGAAUUUGUUGCUGUUAUCUCUGUCUUCAAGCGCGUUUACACGCAUACAGACCGAAGCAUCUGCCGCUUCUUUCUUUCGGAGUUGCUGCGGCUCUGCGGCCCCCCCUUUGCUUCUUAUUUUUGUUUGUCUCUAUUGCAGCUAAUAGCGCAAGUCAUAUCAACAGAGAAGAGUGCGUUUAGAGGCAGCGAAGUAGAAGGAAGGAAGCUGCGGUCUGGGGUUUUGUCUUUCAUUGAUCAAACCCUACGCUUCUGCAAUGCGCCGCAUCCUGUACCUGCUGAGGUAGCUGAGCUAGCUCAAGCGGUGCGGGUGCGCUUGCUGGCUCUGCCGCAAGAAGAAGCAUGA